GCCCUACCUUGUGUUACUUCACAUAAUACAAAAACGCAACGAAUGAGUUACUAUACAUGCGGUAGAUAGAAGCCAUAUUUGUUAGUGGUGUGACGGUGGGAGGGAAGGCCAAAGGCAAACAAUGCCAACCUCUAGCAAUGGUGGCACCUACGUCAAUGCAACGAGACAUCCAUUGUUCAAUCGGUCGUUCGACACCGCAUCCGCCAGUCAGAAUACUGCUGCAGUCAGUGAUUGUUCGAAUGAAGCUGAUCAGGACCAUCGGAAUCGGCCCACGGUGCCGUAUGUCAAUGAACGCCGGGAGUACGAUCCGCAGCAGCCGCAGACCUUUUUGCUGUAUCACCAACCGCGCCACGAUGACGAUACCGGUAUGACCUAUUUGCAACAACACUCACAGCGUGACGAAGUACCUGAAAGAGUUGCUGCCACCCAGCACUACCUGAUGGAAAAGCAUCUCUGGACUGGAGUUCCUCCGCGGCCGCCAAUAUGCCACCAACAACAACAACAUCCGCAUGGGCGCAGGACCGCCCAGAUACCAUCUAAUGAGCUACCGGUAUCAUCGAAGCAGUCAGGACGUACCAAGCUACUUAUCCCCAAUGCUCGAGUCCUGGACUACUACAUAUCGCACAAAAAGGGACUCGACGCUCAAUCCAACGACGGUCACGCUACCCCCACCGUCAGCCACACAACUAGCACCAGCAGUUUCUUCCACCCCGAGGAUGCACACAUGGAUCGCCCUUUUGAUGAGUUCAGCGGCAGCAACAAGAAUUCAGUAUCAGAAGUAGACAGUUUGGAGGAAAUGCUGCAACAGCAAGACUCUUUCACGACGGCUACUGGCGACGACAGAUACGGCGAAGCGACGACUCUCUCAGCCAUACAGGAACAUCCUUCGCUCGAAGCAGGAAGUAUGUCAUUUAGCUUUACACAGCCAACGCAUCCACCCGUGGACCCCGGCGUGAAGAGUACCGAAUCGAACAGUGACGACAGCAAGACACAAAUGAGGCCCCAACCAGAGAACCAAGAAAUCGAACAACAUCAAGAAGCAGUUUCGAGUGGACAACCGGACUACCACCCUGAUGAAAAUGCAUUGCAGGCAACGGAAGAUCAUCAAGUGUCAAGGACACAUGUUCCACCCGAACCAUUAGAGUCAUUCGAGCCAUUCGAGCCAUUCGACCCUUUCCAAAUACAACGACAAGCGUUUAGGCCAUCGUCCACAAAGAGAUUCUUCACUGAAAUGAUGGCAACGACGGCUAGGUCGUCAUCAGCAGAUUUUGGCACUGCUUCGACUCUGACACCCUCAGAGGCUCCGAGUAGCAGUAGUAGCUUGGUUCCCAGCGAAACUGCUCGAAGGGAGGCAGAAAAGCUCAUCCAAAACUUCAACAAACCCAGUCGAAGAAGUAGAGGAGACAGCGGCAGUCACUACAGCAGACAAGCCAAGCAUGACAAAACUGCUUCAACAAUAGCAUCAGAGUCCACUACGGCAGAAGACACACAGACAUUCAACUCGGAGGAUCAAGACUUGACACUGCAUGAUUUGUGUGGCGAAUCAUCGUGCCAGGAUGAUAUUGCCUGGAGGAAUGCUUUGCAUGUGCUAUCCGGACAACCUCAGCUGGCUUCCGUACGGGACGCUGCAGGUUGGACUCCUUUGCAUAUCGCUUGCCUAGGCACAGCGCCCCCUCCUCCUUUUAUGACACGGUCUUUGUUGUAUGUAUAUCCGGAAGCAGCAAGAAGAAUAGACGGAGGGGGAAGGCUGCCCCUACAUCUGGUCGCCGCAUCUUCAGCUGAUAUUGAAACCAUGAAAAUGUUGCUACAAGAAUAUCCACAAUCUAUACAUCACACGGAUUUCCAAGGAUGGACUCCACUUCAUCUUCUACUCAAAAACUUUGGAGUGGAUGUGACCCUCGAGCAUUGUCGAGUACUACUGGGGGUGAAGGAGACGUUCGAUGUGGAAACCACGAAACUCCCGAGGAUACUGCUGCGACGGGAACAGCAUCUAUCGCUUCCAGUGAAUGAGCUAGACAGAGUACUCCCCCAACCAACUCCCACUACCAGACUGACAUUAGACGAGAUGCACGAGCAAGCCUUUCAAGCAUACCCAGACGACGUCCAAAAUGCGUUCCGACGACUGUGCCAAUGGAAAAGGAAGCAACGGAGGAUAAGAAACCGCACACAAUUGCAACAACUAGACGAUGAAGAAAACGCAGAGCUCGACAUCUUGGCUUCAGCCGUACUAGAUUCCCCGGCCACCAAUCCAGCAGCUCAGUUUACACCAAUAAACAGACAGCUACCGAUCCAUAUAAUUGUGCGGCGCGGUUUAGCGGAAAGUCAUAACCAGCGCUUCUUUUCCGAGGGAGGAUACAGUGAUGAGGAUGAGAGUGACCCCGACAGGGAAGAACCUACCUCAGACAGCAGCUUGGCUCCGCGGUUCCUGGAGCUCUGCAGACUAUUCAUUGCUUUUUACCCUGAAGGGUUGGUUGCGCGAGACUUUCAAGGUCACACUCCUCUUCUCGCGGCGUUAUUGACGAGCAACAGAUUCCCAUCGAUUGAGGUGAUCGAAUUGCUGCUUGGGAAGAGAACAUCGGGAUACAAAAAUCUACCAACAUGGGCCCGGGAGAUGCCGCUUUACAGUUUGAGCUCCGAUAGAUACAUUAUAAACCCCGGAAUGAUUCCUUGCAAGCUACGUCAACAGCUUCCACUACAUGUCAUCGCCGAGGAGAUGCCAGGAGACUUUCAGAUGCUGUCAUCGGUCCACGAAGCUUACCCUGGUGCGGUGAAUGUGCAAGACUCUCGGGGAAGAACCCCGCUUCACGUGUUGCUUCGAAACUAUCGGCGAGAUAAUCUGAAUCCCAGUGCUAUUGCACUUUUGCUGUCCGACACCGUCGCACAAGCACGAGACGACGCCAACAAGCUUCCCUUCGACCUUCUUACGGACACAGCUGGAAAGAUCGAUGCGGAAAACUCGCACUUCAAAGUUUCCGACGAAACAUUCGAAGAUCAUGCCUCGUCUUUCGUUAUGUUUUUCCAAGGCACAAUCAUCGCAUCAACAAAACCAGGCGCUCGGAAGCACCUGCAGCCCGAUGAUUUCUUAUGGAGACUUCGCGUGCUACCACCCUGGUUUCGAAGGCAAGCUUGCAUGGCUUCCUUCGUUCAAGAGUUGGUGGUAGAAGAGCUUGCAAGCCGAAAAACGUGUGCUCUGAUCCUCCUUUAUGCAGCAUUGCUUUUUGCCCUCAUUAUGGCGUUUCGUCUUCAAGUCCACUAUUUUAUAAACAUUCCAGAGGCACAGAUACCAUUCUGGACAACCUUGGCUGUGCUUUUAUGCGCUUUUGGAUUGUUCCUGUACCAGCUCGUGUUCUGGUCGGUGUGCAUCUCUAUGUCUGAUUUCCUGAACCAGUGCGUCUUCAAUCUGUGGCGAUGGAUGGACCUUGUCGCCAUUGUUUCGGUAUCAUCGACAACGACAAUGCUCUACUAUGGAUCUUUCUCCGACGAGGCGGUGUUGAAAACCGCAGCGGUGGCGACGGGAACGCUCUGGUUCAGUUUCAUCGGCUUUCUCUCCAGUUGGUUUUAUGGCGCAGCUCUGUUCUCUGCUGCUGUCCAAAGGAUUGCGAGCUUAAUGUUUUGGCCACUGCUUGUAGCUUUGGUGCUCUCACUUUGCUUUGCCCAAAUGGUAUAUACGAUGGCGCAAAUGGAUUGCAAACUCGAUGGGGGUACGGGGGACUGGGGUUUCUGCGACGUACGAGAGAGUUACGUGUUCUUAUACUACCUUGUCAUCGGAGAACCUGUGGUGUAUAUUGAUGAUGGCCAGUCAAGAUUACCACAAGGGAUUGGGUUCCUUGCCGUCAUGUUUCUUGUUGCAGCUUUCCUUGUCAUCCUGAGCGUGCUAUCCAUGGUUGUCCUGGUGGGGUCUCAAUGGGACAUUGAUAGUUUGGCUCUGAGGAGCUUUUGGGAACCCAAGCUGACGUUUGUCAUCUCUGCAAGUCGCCCUGGCUAUUCAACUACCUUUGCCAAAACGGGGAGAUCGGCAACUGCUCUCGAAUCCUUGUGGGACAUUUGUUCCCACAUCCUGUUAGGCCGUAACGCCGUCAAGGGUACAUAUUGGUAUGCCUGCUUUGCCAGCAAGCCCGCCCCAGUGAAAGCAUUGUAUUGGUUGAUCACUGCCGUGAUGAUUCCGCUGUGGCUGAUGUUGGGGCUGUUGACUUUGGGUGUGCUUUGGCCUCCUCAAAUCCGACGCUUCCUUUUCCGGCCAUCCUUUUUGUCAACGUAUGCCCAGCACCGUCCUUUCCGAAGCGGAAGAAAGCAAUCAUCGACCCCUGCAGAACACUACGCGGCACAGAUGUCGAAAAUGCGACAAGAGCUUUCCCGGAUCAGAGACAUGUCGUUUGAACGCUCGAAUGAUGUUCAAAGAGAAGUACGGGAAUUGAAGGAGCUUCUUCUACUGGCAACAACUGACUGAAUUGGACGGUGUAGGGGAUUCCGUUCACACGGAUGAGUUCCAACGUCAAAAGCUUCACAAGGGUGGCAAACAGGGGGAUUGCUUGGCAGUUGCACUUUCCCUGAGGAAACCUGUUGCGAGAGCUCGACUUCCAAGGGUUUCUGUUGAUGGGCGUGGGGCUACCGGUACUAGUACCCCGGGUCAGAGGAAUAAGCGGUUGGAUUUUGAUGUGCUACCGUUAGAGUUUCACAGCACAAGGGAUUGAUGAUAAUAUUGUAUGAUCUAUUGUACUAUUAGUGUGUGCUUUUUUCUAC